CUGAACAUUGAGAAGGUAGAGUUUUAAGUUCCCUUUCCCCUUUCAACUCUGACCUUUCCGAUAGGUUGUCUCAAUAUGGGAGGAAAGCAAAACCCUGCUCGAGACUUACUUCCCUUCUUGCUCCUUUUUACUGUUACCUGUGUCCAUUUAAUAGUAUGCCCCUUUACAAAAGUGGAAGAGAGUUUCAACUUGCAAGCAACACAUGACAUUUUGUACCACAGAUUUAAUUUAGAAAAGUAUGACCAUCAUGAAUUCCCUGGAGUUGUUCCUCGAACAUUUCUUGGACCAAUGUUCAUUUCAUUAUUGUCCUCACCAUUUAUUUUUGUCUUGUCUGUGUUUGAAGCAUCGAAGUUUUACUCACAGUUGAUAGUUAGAGGUGUUCUGGGUCUUUGUGUGAUUUUUGCCUAUUGGAAGUUGCAGAAAGAAGUUAAGAAGCAAUUUGGAUCAUCUGUAGCAACACUUUUAAAUUUGACAACUGUCUCACAAUUCCAUCUUCUGUUUUAUUGUACACGGACACUUCCAAAUGUGUUGGCACUUCCUUUUGGCACACUUUAACAAAACAUCAGCAAGUUUAAGGAGUUCCCUGUGAGAGUUAAGACAGAAAAUCACAGCAGCAGCCUAAAUGAACAAUGAGCGCAGCUGAGGAAGAAUACAU